UGUAAAUUGCUCAGCCACGUAAGUCAGGGUCGUAUUUUUCUGUAAUUUUUGUUAUAAAAAUUACGAUUUUUAAGUCCCUGAGGUAAUAUGUAAGAAUGGUUUAAAAAUCCAAAAAUUGAGUGCUAUAUUGUUUGUGUUUUGACUUCGUCCUGACCUCGAUUGACAAGCCAUGUCUAACUUACCUCCAAAUCCUUACAACAUCACAAGUUCGCCUCAGUUGAACGCUAAUCCGGGGCCACAGUUCAAUCAUAACCAGUCGAUGAGUCACUUGCCACCGGGCCAGUUACCGCCGGGAUACGUUGGCUUGAAACAAGAUGCUAACUCCAAUAGUCCGCUGCCGCCGUCGUCUACGCCUCAGAACCACAUGAUCAACCAAGUGAACAACUACAAUCAGAGCACGAGCAACUCGCCGGCCUUCAACAAUCCAGGGAUGAUGCCACCUUCACUUAGUGGCAUGCAAUCAUCCCCUAUGAGGCAUUCUAUUAAGCCACCUAUGGCUACAACUCCUAACCAAAACCCUUUAUUACCAAAUGUGCCUCCAUCCUCCAGGGUAGGUCCUACUGCAACAUCUUCUCCCCUGCCAUAUCCACCUAAUUACCAGCAAAAGCAGAUUAAUGAUAAUGCCCCCCCUCUCAUUCCAUCUAGUCAUAGUCAACCAUUAAUGAAUGGACCUCCUAUGGCUGGUCCGCCUGGUUCCAUAUCUCAGCCAGCCUCUCAAUAUCCUGGGCCACCUAGUGGGUUUGCCCCACCAAUGAAUAAUAGGCCUCCUGUUAGUGCACCCAAUUUUGGCCCUGGUUCUAUUAAUCAACCUUAUGGACAGCAACAAGGACCUCCACCACAAGGUCCACCAAUAAUGAAGCCUCCUGGAUCAGCACCAAUCUCAAGUGCACCAAAUAUACCAUUUUCUGGACCACCUCAAUCGGGACUACCUAGAAAUAGUCCACUGCCUGGUUUACCUAUGGGUGGUCCCCCUCUAUCGGGACCUCCUAUUUCUGGUGGAUUGCAAUCUGGACCUGCUACUAGUGGACCUCCUGUAGGUCCUCCAAGACCAAUGGGUGUAAAUGGACCCAGUAUUAAUGGACCUCCAGUAUCAAGCAUUACAGGAUUACCUAUGGGCCCCCCUGGUCUACAAAAAGGCCCUACAGGUCUCCCUGCUGGACCCACAGGCCUUAUGUCAGGCCCGCCUUUGGGUGGUCCACCAACAAGUCAACCUUAUCCUGGCCCUCAAAGAAAUGGACCUCCAAUAGCUCCUCUAACGAUGCAAAGUGGACCACUGAAUCCUCCAAUGAGUCAAGCCCCACCUAUGAGUCAAUCUUCAAUGAUGAAUCAACUGCCUCCAAUGAACCAAGGGCCACCAAUGACCCAGGGCCCACCAAUGAAUCAUGGCCCUCCAAUGAAUCAUGGCCCACCAAUGAAUCAAAUGCCCCCAAUAAACCAAGGGCCCCCAAUGAACCAAGGGCCACCAAUAAACCAAGGGCCACCAAUGAACCAAGGUCCAGGUCCACAAUUGAAUCAGAUGGGACACAGUGUUCCUCCAGCAGGACUUCAGGGCCCACCGCCAGUUAGUGCCCCUCCUGGCCCACCAAGUGGUCCUAGUGGACCUCCAAAAGGCAAUAUGCAAGGGAGAUAUCCUCAGAUGCCUCAAGGCAACUUUGGGAACCAUCAGGCCACUAUGGGCAAUGCUAAUAUGGGCAAGCAGUACCAACAGCCCCUUCAAUACGGGCAACAGCAACUGACACAGCAGAUGGGACAACUAAGUGUCACCAAGCAAGGGUUUGACCAGCUGUGGGGCCACCAGGCUGUGGACCUAAUGGCUUGCAGACAAAUCCUGCCUGAAUACCCUGAAGACCCGCCGGAGAUCCGAUUGGGACAUCAGUUUUCUGAUGCACCUAAUUGCAGCCCUGAUAUCUUCAGAUGUACCGUCAACAAGAUUCCGGACACGAACAGCUUAUUGCAAAAGUCUCGCCUUCCCCUAGGAAUACUAAUUCACCCGUUCAAGGACCUCAAUCACUUGCCAGUGAUCCAGUGCACGACGAUAGUGCGGUGUCGCGCGUGCCGCACGUACAUCAACCCUUUCGUGUACUUCGUCGACGCCAAGCGGUGGAAGUGCAACCUCUGCUACCGGGUCAAUGACCUGCCGGAAGAAUUCCAAUACGACCCAGUUAGCAAGUCGUACGGCGAUCCGACUCGGCGGCCGGAGAUCAAAUCUGCGACCAUCGAGUUCAUAGCGCCGGGAGAGUAUAUGUUGCGGCCGCCACAGCCCGCCGUCUACCUGUUCUUGCUGGAUGUGUCGCAGAUCGCCAGGGACUCCGGGUAUCUCCAGGUGGUAUGCGACACCCUACGCAACAACUUGGACCAGUUACCGGGCGAUGCGCGCACGCAGGUCGGGUUCAUCUGUUACGAUGCGCACGUGCACUACUACCUCAUGAGUGAUGGACUCACGCGACCCAAAGAGAUGACCGUGCUUGAUGUUGAUGACGUAUUCCUGCCAUCGCCAGAGUCACUGCUGGUGAACUUGGGUGAACGCAAGGAACUCAUCAAGGAACUGCUGACUGUCCUGCCGCAGCGGCACAGCGGGCCCGGUGUACCCGCAUGCGCGCUGGGCGCUGCGCUACAAGCCGCGUAUAAACUUAUGGCACCAACAGGAGGUCGCAUCACAGUGUUCCAAACGUGUUUACCGAAUGUGGGCCCGGGGGCGUUGCAGCCGAGAGAGGACCCGAACGCGCGGUCGUCAGCGGACGUGCAGCACCUGAGCCCGGCCACGGACUUCUACAAGCGCCUCGCUCUAGACUGCAGCGGCGCGCAGGUGGCCGUCGACCUGUUUCUACUCAACUCGCAGUAUGCCGACCUCGCCACGCUCAGUGGUAUGAGCAAGUUCAGCGCGGGUACGGUAUACCACGUGCCACUGUUCAAGGCGUCUCGCAGCUGGCAGGCGGACCAGCUGACGCGGAUGUUGACGCGGUACCUCACCAGGAAGAUCGGCUUCGAGGCCGUCAUGCGGGUGCGGUGCACUCGGGGUAUAACAAUCCACACGUUCCACGGGAACUUCUUCGUGCGCUCGACAGACCUUCUUUCGCUGCCCAACGUGUCCCCCGAUGCCGGCUUCGGAAUGCAGCUCACUAUAGAAGAGUCUCUGUCCGACCUACAGCAAGUCUGCUUCCAGGCCGCAUUAUUGUACACUAGUAGUAAAGGCGAGAGAAGGAUACGAGUGCACACGCUAGCGUUGCCCGUGGCCACCAGCCUCACGGACGUGCUACACGCGGCCGACCAACAGUGCAUCAUAGGACUACUUAGUAAAAUGGCCGUGGACCGCUGCUCGUCGGCGUCGCUGCCGGAGGCGCGCGAGGCGCUCAUGAACGUGGCCGUGGACGCGCUGGCGGCGCACCGCCUGGCGCAGAACCUGCCGCCCGCCGCCGCCAGCGCCGCGCUGCUGGCGCCCAGCGCGCUGCGGCUGCUGCCGCUCUACCUGCUGGCCACGCUCAAGCGGAAAGCGUUCCGCACGGGCACGUCGACGCGGCUGGACGACCGCGUGGCCGACAUGUGCGACAUGAAGGCGCUGCCGCUGGCGCAGCUCAUGCGCGGCGUGUACCCCGACCUGUACCCCGUGCACGAGCUGCGCGCGCAUGCGCCGCACGACGACGACGCGCCCGACCCGCCGCGCCUGCACCUGUCGGCCGAGAGAAUAAACAUAAACGGCGCGUACCUCCUGGACGACGGCGAGACGAUGAUGAUCUACGUGUGCUCGGGCGCCAGCCCCGCCUUCCUGUCGGACACGUUCGGCGUGACGGCGCACGCGCAGCUGCCCGACGACGCGCACGCGCUGCCCGCGCUGGACUCGCCCGGCAACCAGCUGCUGCACGCCUUCAUCGACAAGCUCAACGACGACCGCCCCUACGCCGCCAACAUACUGUUGCUCAAGGACACGUCGCCGAGUAAAAAGCUGUUCACGGAGCGACUAGUGGACGACCGCGUCGAGUCAGCAUUCGCGUACUACGAGUUCCUACAACACAUCAAGAUGCAAAUAAAAUGAGUUCCGAGUGAGUUGGUGGCGCGGACUCGCGCAAGAGCGUGAUAAGAGGACUAGGGCAUUCCUCUACUAAAAUGACUCGUUUUCUAUCGAUUUUUCGGCUGAGAAUUAAGCCGUUUUUAAUAGACAUCACUACAUAGUAUAAAAAACGUCGCUUUUUCUGUCCCUAUAUCCCUAUGUACGCUUAAAUUUUUAAAACUACGCAACGGAUUUUGACGCGGUUUUUUGUAAUAGAUAGAGUGAUCCAAGAGGAAGGUUUAUAUGUAUAAUAACAUCUAUUAAAUAGUGGAGAAAUACUGUUAUUUUUGAGGUUUUUAAUGUGAUGUCGUAGUUUCAUUUUUUCCUCAGCAUUGCACCCGAGCGAAGCCGGGGCGGGUCUAUAUAUUAUGAUAAACGAGACCUUUUUAUUAUGUUUUUGUUAUAUAUAAACGACGUAAUUCUUAGCCAGGUAAACUAGAAGCGAGUACUAAGGAAUGCCCACAGACGGUAACGCGACACUGCCCUAGCUGCGAUACAUACAAUCGACAAGCAAUAGUAGUAACAAACUCUAGUUCAAUAAAAAACUAAAUUCUGUGAAUACGCUUCGCAAGUUUUUAAUAUUCGAAUUGUAAAUUGCUGUGACAAUAGAUUUUAUAGUAGUGUCGUUAUGUUGGACUGUGGUGGAAGGGACUGAGGCGUUAAACGUCGAUAGUAAUUUGUGUUGCAUGUCCUGGGCGGUUAACACGGCCUCAUUGAAGCUAUUUACCUAAAAAGCAAUAUUGCUAUUUGACAUUGCGGACUUACUUUAAUAUGCGCCAAUGUCAAAUAGCAAUAUUGCUUUAUAGGUGAAUUGCUUCAAUGUGGCGGUCUUAACCCCCCGUUUGUUGUUGAACUCUUGACGAUCAGUGCUGUGUAAGGCGGCCACGACCAACCGUUGUUUAGAGUUAGAUGAUUGUAAACGAAUGACAUGUACAAGUGAAUGAAAUAUGUUAACCGAUAAAUGAUAUGGUUGCAAUUCUUUUGAAUUAAAUAGUGGAGUUAGAAACGGCAGCGUCCGCCGAGCGCCAGUACUGAUUGACGGAUGUCUAGGUAUACUUUGAUGGAUCAAUGUUAUGUAUGCGUGUCUGGACGCACCAUGCGGAAUAAAACAUAGGACGGUCUGUCAAAAUUUUGUAUAAAUUUUAUUUUUAUUGUUUAGUCAAAUGUAUAAUUUUAACGGCAUUGUUCCUAUCUAUUGUUUCGCAUGGACGUUUACUGUAUAAAUUGUAUGCUGUUUGUGUUACAGUGAGGCACUUUUUACAGGAAUGUUUCUGAUCAGAAACACUCUGUAUAAAGUGGCAGGCUAUGUUUGUUUACAGUUAUAUUAUUUUAUUUUUGUAUAACGUGCGAGCCUAGGGCGUGUUGCCACUGCGGCGGCGGAUACGAUAUACUACUUUAUAUUUUCCAAUUGAUGCAAUAAAGUCGUUAUAUUUUUAUCGUGACUCGGUAUUAGGUGCAUCUGUAAAUUAUUUUUAAUCCUUGUAUUUAUCUGUAUUCGAUAUUACUUCGAUUGUAAAUUUACUAGAAUUAUUUAUGGAUUAGAUAGUCGGUUUUAUACUGAAAUGAGCUCGGUUCGGGGCACGGUACCCCGGGACAGACACCGCCACGCCUUACUAUGUAACAAUAUGUUCACAUUUAGCAAGCGCUGACAAUUAACAUAGGUUGUAUAUUUAAAUGUAAUAAACGCAUUAACUCGGCAUUUUAUUGUAAAUAGGAGUUACAGAGAUACUAUAAAUCAAGAGUUAUAGUGGACCGAGCUAAAUGUGAACACACGAUUAGCUUCAUAAACGAAUGUUACGUCACAGGGAUGGUCACGGCAGCUGAUGAUACUUGCACACUACACACUACCGGGGGUCUAACGUGGCCACAUUGAAGCAACUCACCAAAAGCAAUAUUGCUAUUUGACAUUGGACGGUUAUGCCACCUAAUUUAUUUGCAUAAAUGUCAAAUUGUAUAGUUUGGUGAAUUGCUUUGGUGAGGCAUUUUCAAACCCUCUGGGACAGUCUUAUCAUUCAAACUGUUUUUUUGGGAGAAAAUGUUAUUAUAGCAACCAAUAGGCCACUUGACAACCUAGUCAAUUGAGAUACUUUUUACGAGAUAGCAAAACGAAAGUUUUCAAUGGAGUUUGUAUGGAAAUACUGUCCUGUGACGUCAUCAAUAAAAGCGGUCAAACGUCGUACUCAUUGUUAAUUCAUAAAUAAAAUUCGAUAAUUAGUUGUAAAGUAAAUUGAGAUUGAUUUUUGAUCAUCUUGGACCUGCUUUUAUGUCUAGAUUAGCAUUUUAUAAUUUAUAUUUGAUACAGUCAAAUACUUUAUUAAGAGCCUUUAUACAUGGUGUUAGUGACAUCGUAACGAAUACUGAGAGGGUUGUUUCAGACCAUGAUUCUGAGUUAAAAUCAAGUGGAAUUUUCCGUCGCAAAUUUCAUGAUUUUUUUUAUUUUUUUUUAAUUAUUUUCAAUUCUAUACUUUUGCGAUGGAAAAUUCUACUUGAUAUUAACUCAGAAUAAUCAGAUGAAUCAUCCCUCUCAGUAUUCGUUACGAUGACACUUACACCCCGUACAAGUACAUACGGUAGCCAUAUAAGUAGGUAUGGGAGUUAGUGACACCGUAACGAAUACUGAGGGGGAUGGUUCAGACCAUGAUUCUGAUAUCAAGUGGAAUUUCGUGUCAAAAAAUUCAUGAAUUUUUUUCUUUUCUUUUUAAUUAUUUUCCAAUCCAUACUUUUGCGACGGAAAUUUCUACUUGAUAUCAACUCAGAAUCAUGGCCUGAACCACCCCUCAAAGUUUUCGUUACGAUGUCACUAACACCCUGUAUAACAAUAUCAUGCGUUGUAAAGGUCUCGUGGAAGUUGUUUGGGGGUCGCGAAUUUAUGAACUACAUAAUGAGAAGUAGAUAGGAUUUACAUUUAAUUACAAUCCAAAUGCAACGAAAAUAUCGCGCAGUGAGUUAGAACCUUAGAAAUAAAAUUAAAUGAUUUCGUCAUACAUCGUAAUUUAUACUUGGAGGCUAUCGAAAGUAAGAAAUAGAAUGGUGCUGAUUCAUGCAGACACCAACUUAAUAUUAAUUUAGUUUGACAAGUUCUAAAACACAGUUCUAAGACUAGUUUUGUCUCUGUCUUGCACUGUAAGUAAGUGAAGGACGGCACGUUCGUUUAUGAAGCGUUUAGUCAGCUAAAUUAUAGUCUUGUUAAUAGCGUUGCAAAAUGUCCGUCAAAUUCAGAAAUUACCCGACAUUUUCGAUAUAUAACGUGAAUUAUCGACAGUUAUGUAUAAAUUAGAUUAGAUAUUUAUUUUAGAUUCAAUAUUAGUCUUUUAUUUCAAAUAUCAUAUGGUCCAGAAACUGGAGUAAAUAUGAUGUUUGUUUGUAAUUUUAUAUAAAUGUCGUGGAGUUGAAAAUGAUAGGAAAAUUUAAACAUAACCGACACUUUGCAACCCUACUUGAUGGAGGUAGAUACAGAAUAUAUACUGCGACAAAAAUAUUGUAAUUAUAUUAAUUUAAUGCCACUGUUAGCGGACUGAACUCGAGAGCCUUGUAACUUGUUUCAAUAUAAACAAUCCAAAAUCA